AUGAGGGCGACACGUGGCUGUGACCGGAGGCAGAGCCUGGCCAGCCUGGGGCUGCUGCUGCUGCUGUGCAAGGUGAGUGGCCAGCCGCCGCCGUGCCCUCCGCAGUGCAGCGGCCGCCCGUGCCCGGCAGAGCCGCCCAGCUGCGCCCCGGGAGUGCCCGCCGUGCUGGACGGCUGCUCCUGCUGCCUGGUGUGCGCCCGGCAGCGCGGGGAGAGCUGCUCUGAGCUGCAGCCCUGCGACCAGGGCAGCGGCCUCUACUGCGACCGCAGCGCCGGGGCCGGGCAGGGCAUCUGCGUGGUGCUUGAAGGAGACAGCUGUGUGUUUGAUGGGGUUAUUUAUCAGAGUGGGGAGACAUUCCAGCCCAGCUGUAAAUACCAGUGUGCCUGCAGAGAUGGACAGAUUGGCUGUGUGCCCCGCUGUAACCUUGACCUGCUGCUCCCUGGUCCUGAUUGCCCUUUCCCAAGGAAAACUGAAGUCCCAGGAGAGUGCUGUGAGAAGUGGACUUGUGACCCUAAAGAGGAAGUGACUUUGGGCAGUUUUGUGAUGGCUGCAUAUACAAAAGAAUCAGCUCUUGGAAUUGAUGCCUCUGACUCACGUUCCAACUGUAUUGAGCAGACAACAGAAUGGAGUUCAUGUUCCAAAAGCUGUGGAAUGGGCUUUUCCACCCGCAUUACAAACAGGAAUCCUCAAUGUGAGAUGGUGAAGCAGACACGACUCUGCAUGGUGCGACCUUGUGAGAGCGAACAGCUGAUUGAUAAGAAAGGGAAAAAGUGUGUCCGAACAAAGAAGUCAUUGAAAGCUGUUCACUUUGAGUACAAGAACUGCACUAGUAUACAGACCUAUAAACCUCGCUAUUGUGGGCUCUGCACUGAUGGACGAUGCUGCACGCCACACAACACCAAGACAAUCAAGGUUGAGUUCCAGUGUCCCCAGAGCAAAGUCUUCAAAAAGCCAAUGAUGCUAAUCACUACCUGUGUCUGUCAUAACAGCUGUCCCCAGGACAAUGUUUUCUUGCAACUGUUAGAGCCAAUAUUCAGUGGAGUAAAAAUAUGAAAUGCUUAAACCAGGUUACUUUUUAAAAAACUUAAAAUGUUUGAACAGUUUAUAUGAAACUUAACCGAUGAUCAGAUGAAUGUAAUAUAUCCAGUCUCUUUCUAAACUUGUAUCAUUUCUUCCUGUAGUCAAAUAACUCACCCUAUACUUUAGGGGAGGAAAAAAUGUAUUUCACUAACUUGGAGACAGUUCAGUUUCCUGGAAUAUAGUUUCAUCUUUAAUGUAAAGAUGAGUAAGCAAAUGACCAAUUUCUCUCCUCCUUGGGAAAUUAUGCCAUUGACCUCAGUAGCAACAGGAUCAGUGCCCUUUAUCAUGCAUUUAUUAAAAAAUCCUCUUCCUGCUACUUUA